CAACGCAGGCAGCGCAGUGUAGGAGUUCCAGCAGCGGAGAAGGGGAGAGGUAGGGACGUUGGGCUCUUUGUGUGAGAUGGGGGACGAUCGACCUUUUGUGUGCACCGCCCCAGGCUGUGGACAGAGAUUUACCAAUGAAGACCAUCUAUCAGUCCACAAACAUAAGCAUGAGAUGACCCUAAAAUUUGGUCCUGCCAGAACUGAUUCCGUCAUCAUCGCAGACCAGACCCCCACGCCCACCCGCUUCCUGAAGAACUGUGAGGAGGUGGGUCUGUUCAAUGAGCUGGCCAGCUCCUUCGAACAGGAGUUCCGGAAGGCCCAUGAGGAUGACCAGAGGAACAAAAACCCGGUGAGGCUCCCCACCCCUCAUCUUCUGGCCCCACCCCUACAGACCCUGUCUGGGGUGAAGGAGGAGGAUGAGGGGCCUCUGGAGGUUGACUCCUCCCCCCCAGGCAGUCCUGACUCCACGUCCAGCAUGUCGGACAGUAGCAAGGAGCCAAUGGGGAGAGGAAAGGAGACUCUUCCUCCUCCACGACCAGUGUUGAGCUCCACCCCCACGCCAACCAUUGUACGGCCUGGGUCCCUCCCCAUUCACCUUGGUUACGACCCCCUGCACCCGACACUGCCGUCGCCAACUUCUGUCAUCACACAAACCCCACCCUCCAACAGACAACUGGGCUCUCCGACAGGCUCCUUCCCACUGGUAAUGCAUCUCCCCAAUGGACAGACGGUCCCUCUCCUCCCCAGCCCAAAUAUGACCUCAGUCAUAUCUCUGGCGAGGCCAUUUAAUAUGGUGCCCAACAUCCCUGGGAUUCCAGGCCCUCCGAUUGGUGGGACCAGCAGCGGCUCCUCCUCCCCAUCUGGGUAUAGUCUACACUCAGAGGCCAAGAUGAGGCUGAAGGCGGCGCUGACCCAGCAACAGCAUGGCCUGGGGCCCGCUGUCCCCCAGAGACAUGAGCAGUGCCAGCAGCCCUCGCAGCAUUCUGACACCCCCUCACCUGCACAGCCACAGGUGUCCCCGGCCCAGCCCACCGGGGGUAGGAGGCGGCGGGGUGCGGAGGCCGACCCAGAUGAGAGAAGGCAGCGCUUCCUGGAGAGGAACAGGGCGGCGGCGUCUCGCUGCCGACAGAAACGCAAGGUUUGGGUUGGCUCUCUGGAGAGGAAGGCAGAGGACCUGGCUACCAUGAACGUCUCUUUGACCAAUGAAGUGGGUCUGCUGAGGAACGAGGUGACACAACUGAAACAGCUGCUACUGGCCCACAAAGACUGCCCUGUCACUGCCAUGCAGAAGGCGGCUGCCUACUUAGCUGCAGGAGGAGAGGAGAGCUCCAGGGAUCCCCCCUCCGAGCCUAUGGGCUCCACAGCCUUGGUCAUCCAGCACGGGCCUUCGGCCCCUGUCCCCAGCCCUGGUGCAAUCACCGUCAACGGGCUGAGCGUAUGCGCGGCUGAGGCAGUGGCCAUGUCGGUCCUGGCCGGGAUGGGGGCGGCCCACCAGGGAGGGGUCCUCAUGGCGCCACAGCCUCAGCCUGCCCCCAGAUGAUGCACAGGGAGCCAAUAAGAACUUUAGGAGGCCGGACUGGUACAAUUAUGUGAGAGAUUGAAAGGGACCUGAUUUGAAAUCUGAAAUCCCACCAGUUGUUAAUAGAAGGGGGGUGAGAAGUACUAUCUCCAACCUAUGCUCAGACCUUGGAUACAGUGGCAGCCAGGAAAGGAUGUUGGGAGUUGACAUCCUGUCAAAGCCACAGAACCCCCCCCCACCCCCCCAAACACACACACACACACACACACACUCGCUUACAGCCAAUGAUAAUCACUGAACAUACCGAGUAGUCCCGCCCCUUUUGCCCCUUUUCUGAUGGAUCCCUGCUUGGAAGCACUGUCACUGCGUAUAUACAAGCGUAUGUACAUACUCGCACCCCGUGACAUACACACACUCACACACUCGAUCACCGAAUGUAGUGUGUUUUUGUCUAUUUGCAACUCUCUCCCCUGUCUACAGUGUAAAUCUCUUCUUGCAUAUUUAUCUUCUUCAUGCAGCUGUUAAUCCAUGGGGAAACUCUUUUUAGGGCUGAAUAAGCGUGAGAUAUUGUUUUCCCUUUGUCAUGGAGUGAGCCAAAGUAUGAGUAUGUUCAAUGUCUGGCCUUUUAAAAAAUUUGUAUUAUUAUUGUUUUUUUAUAGGAAUUCUGCAUUUUGACAAUGUGUAUGAAACCCUUAUUGACUGCAUGGAUAUUAGAGGAGACUGAUGAAGACCACUGUCUGUGUGCUGGUGUCUGCUCAUAUUGUUGCUGGUUUUUAUCAUACUGCUUUUCUCUCCCACUUUUUAAAGUGAUAUCAAAUGACUGAUGCAAACAAUGACAGUGUCCUAAUGUAACACUUGAAAUGGUUAGGUUUUAGAUUAUACUUUAUGUAGUAAUCAACAAACUUUUCAUUAGAUUUAUAAAUUAUUUACCCAGGCUAAGUUGAGAAAAAGUAGUACAAUAUAUUUUUAUAUUCAAAACAAAUAUUAAUGUUCCUGCAUUUAUCUAAAAUGUGUGUAGUGAAUACAGUGGUAGAAUGGUUUGUUCUAAUUCAAUGAAAACCAAUUACAUUCUAAAUGAUAAGAGAAAAUGUAAACAUAUGACAUUUUCUUGAAUGCAAAUCUCGAUUAGGGGACGUCUAUUAAGAGAAAAUGUAAACCUACCACAUAUUCUUGAAUGCAAAUCUACAUUAGGGGACGUCUAUAUGGAGUAAAAGAUCAUGUCCUUGUCUCGGGUGCUUUCCAACAUUUAAAAAAACUAUACUGUCUUUUGGAGUAUAUCACUUUUGUAAGACACGUCACUGAAAUAUUUAUGAAAUGUCAUUGAGUGGUGUCUUUUUUUUGUUUUUUUUUAGACAUUUUGUGUUGAGGAAUACCUUGUUUGUUUCAUCUUUUUUUAACAUGUCAAUGCUCUAUUCAUCAUUUUGUUAUUGCUGUAACUGAACCCUGCGUCACGUUACCUUUCCCCUCGUGUUCUGUCAAGAGGAUGGGUAUGUCUGUCUUCAACAGUGAACCCAGAGUGUAACCUCCCACAAACUAUUAUGGAAUUUGUCUCCAAUCCGUCGAGAGGGUGUUGUUCCCCAAAAGAAUUACACCUCAAGGCGGGGAAAUUUAACUUGUGUAUAGUCUCAACUAUUAAAAGAUCUCCGGCAAAAUAAACAAGUUACUGGCAA